AUGCCUACGCCUCUGACUCACACAGCGUAUCGAUCACCUCCCCAAGAGGAGAAAAUCAAUAUCUCUCUGUAUAGACACCGAAAGCCCAAAAUGAAGUCCGCUACCAUAGCUACGACCUUCAUUUUUCCCAAUAAAACGUAUUUAACUUGCAUUUUUGCGAAGACGCAGCCAAUGCGAGCAGCAAGAGGGCAGUCUAAGAACAAAGGACCACAACAAAACGGCAGCCUAGUGCCACCUCUGGACGCCAAUGCAAACCCCGCCCUAGAUGUCAAUCUGGGUCGCUUCAGCGAGGAGGAGCGUGAAGCGAUACUCACGGUGGUAAAGCGAGAUUUAGAAAUUCGGUGUAUGGAGAAGUAUCGACUGAAAAAAAUUCGAAGCGGACUACUUCAGGAGGACAGUCAAGCACCGCUUUCGUUGCCAGGGUCAGCUAACGCCUGCACCAUAUGUAGAGGCCGAUUCAUAAUCUUCCUCAAUCCCCGCGUGACCUGCAGCCUCUGCCGUCGUGAAGUUUGCAGACGCUGUACCAAGGCGUAUAACGGUGAAAUGCUCUGUCGUAUCUGUUCUCAUGAUAUUUUCUACAGAGCGGUAAAGUGCCCGUGGUUUUACGACAGCUCCCCCGACAAACUCUGCGGUCACGCCUCCGACACUAUCGUCAAGAGUUUGUUCAAGGACAAUCUGCCUGUCCUAAAUGGCCUAACCGAAGAACAGUUGCACAAAGCCCUAUCCAACUACCUCAAACCGGACAGAGAAACGUAUGUUAAUGGAGUCGUCAUCACAUUAGAGGUGAUGCUAAGAAUUGAAAAUGAGCAGAUCAGGACAUUUACAAAACGGUAUCAGGAGGUCCGCAGCACUGCUGUCAAUGCUCUUAACAAAGUUAGAGGCACUGCAAUGAAGAAUGGUCAGGAGGACUCUGAAAAGGAAGUUGAUCGCAUCACAUCGCAAUUCCUACAGCAGACAAGGGAAGCACUGCGGAAGUUACUUCAGAUGCUCUGCAUUACUGAGGAAAAAUAUAAACUGUCGGUACACAAUUCAAGGCAGGUGAAUACCGCUACCCGGGUGUUGGAGAUAACGCAAAAACAGGUGGAACAGUUGGUGGGACACAAAAUACAGAUUCCCGAUGAAUAUACCAACGUAGAGGUGGAGGAGGAUUUGGAAUCUUUUGUGGCAAGUGUUGCUAGUGGCCCCGAGGAAUUUUUUGCAAAUGUUCUACUAGAAGAUUUGACAAAGGCCAUGCGAAACUCUAUAUCCCAUGGAAGAAAUUCAAGAGCUCCUCUAAGCAGUGACCAACAGGGCAAGGACGUGGCGAUUGCCUGGCUCUCGAUGCUCUACAUGCUGGUCUAUAUUCCCAUGAUCUUCCCAGCUACCUGGUUGCUCAACCACUACGGUCUACGUGUGAGUAUCCUAAUCGGGGCGACGCUGAACAUGCUGGGUGCAUGGAUUAAAUGUCUUUCCAUGGAGCUAUCACAACCCACUUCCUCUCCCGCCUCCAACGCCUCCUUCCCCCUCCUCAUGGUGGCUCAGCUGGUGUGCGCACUGGGCCAGGUGUUCCUCCUUGGAGUGCCCGCUCAACUCGCCGCCACGUGGUUCAGCAAGUCAGAACUCGCAAUGGCCACUGCUAUCGGCGUUGGCUGCGCAUUGGGCUUCGGUCUGCCUCCCUUGAUGGUACCUGCUGUCACAAGCUCUACCGGGGUGGCGGAUUUUGAGGACUUCCGAAAGGGUUUUCGCAUUAUGUUCUAUGGCGGAGCCGCAAUCAUGUCUUUUGACCUCCUACUUGUGGCCAUUUUUUUCAAGGAGGAGCCGGAGAUUGCACCCAGUCGAGCGCAGUACAAACGGAUUUUGCAACGCCGUGCUCAAUUGGCAGGUGACAAACCGGACGAAGCUGACUUUGCCCCUGCCUUUGACCAUGAGAGCUCCGUUUUGACUGCGGAGGAGUCGGUACUGGUUAAUCAGAGCUACUUCCACCAAGUAGCGCAUUCCUUCAAAUGUGUCAGCUUCAUCUACCUCAACAUCUGCUAUGGUGUGAACACGGGUGUGUACUACGAAAUUGGAACCCUUCUGAACAGCAUUGUCGCAGAGUUUUUCCCGACUGCACAGGGAGCACGAAUGGAGUUGCCAAAUCUUGAAAGGUGCGUCAAGAAAUCGCCUUCCGGAGUGAAACAAAUCAACGUCGUAAAGGAUGGCCGAAUUGAAGCGAUUUCCACUGGUGACCAAUUCUGCACUUCUCCGGGUUCAGAAGACGUUGAAGGCAGUGAUGAGCUGUCCCUGAAUUUGAGUUCUGAGACGGAGCAAGUAGCUAUCGGAUGGAUCGGGUUCAGCAUGGUGAUUGCGGGACUGGUCGGUUCGAUCGUUGCAGGGGUGGUGCUCAAGAAGACUGGCUUGUACAGGCUCGUCUUGAUCAUCUUCUACUUCCUCAGUGUGAUCAGUAUGGGAGCCUUUAUGGGAAGCCUUUACAGCAACCUAAUUGGCACCGUCUUCCUCACUAUGAUCCUCCUUGGCUUCUUCCAAUCCGGUUUUCUGCCCCUUGGAUUUGAAUACGCGGCAGAAAUCACCUACCCCAUCGAUGAGGGUCUCACCUCAGGAAUUCUCAAUACUUCAGCUCAUAUAUUUGGCAUCAUCCUAACCCAAGUCGCAACUGCUAUGAUCGGCAACUACGGCGCCCUCCCGACAAACAUUUUUAUCCUCGUCUGCAUGGUAAUUGCCGGUGUGCCUGCCUGUUUCAUGAAAGACGAUCUCAAACGCCAACGUGCUCAUGAAAAGAUGCGCGUUGAAGUGGAGGCCAAUUCUGGUGACGAAUUUAAGUACUCCAGUAUCAGCAAAACCAAGGAUGUCUAG